AUUUCAAAAGUUUAUUUCGAUUUGAAAACGUUAACUAUAAGGUCGUGUCUCGCGCUUCACAUAUAUCUAGUGCGUCUGGGAACGCGGUGAUUUGACAUUAAACAAAAAACUCUACUUUUGCUUUGGAUUACAUACCAUUUUCAUAUUUUGGAUAACUCCGAAGUCAAAGUGCAACAUGUUGAGGAUUAAUUUGUACAUGGGCACUUUCAUAUGUGCAAUCGUUUUAAGUGUAACAAAUACGAUACUAGGACAAGAGUCAUCAUUCUUUAGAAAACCAUGGCCAACAUACAGUCUACAGAAUAUGCCACAGACACGAUUCACAUGUCAUGACAAAAUACUUGGCGGCUAUUAUGCAGAUCCGGAGACUCAAUGUCAAAUGUUCCAUGUGUGCGUCAAAGUUGGCGGAGUGGGGGUACAAGAUUUUCGAUUCUUAUGCCCAAAUAGCACAGCAUUUGAUCAAGAGGCACAAAUCUGUGCCAAUUGGGCAGAUGUUGAUUGUGAACAGGCAGUGCUCUACUAUGGCAGUGAUAACUUUGAUUUGUAUCGUUUGGGGUCUGGAUUCGAAAGCAAGCGAGCCCCAUUAGCCGAAGAAGAUGAGUCAACAUUCCAUUUGCAACGUGCGGAAACAGGCGAUAUAAGAGGCUACAAACAAACGACUGUAGAUCAAAAGGCACGCCCAGACCAACCACCAAACUACACGAAACAAUUUGAAACGGUAACGCGUGGAGGCACCUUUAAUAGCCACAACCAUCACAGCAAUCACAAUUAUUUGCAUGGACCCAACGAGGUGGUCGAAAAGAAGAAGGCCAAAACGGAUGUUACCAAGAAGCCCAUUGCCAGUUAUUAUACACCAACUUCGACAAGCACAACAACGACCACAGAACGUUAUAGCGCAGGCAGCAAUGAUGACUCAAAGCAAGACUUGGAUGACAUUUUUAAGGGUUCGCACAGCUCUCAUUUCUUUUCCAAUCGUAAUGGGGGACGUGAAGAUGACUUUGUAGAACAACCGGCCAGACAACAAAAGCCCAAUGACUUCAAUGAUUUCGCUAAGAAAUCCGAAGCCACCACCAUUGGCAAGUCACGAGUAACACCCACCAGAAGCAGGCGUCCCCCAGCAACGUCGUCCACAACCAGUUUUGCCCCUAGCACCUCAACAACAGCGACACCCAAGGCCACCAAAAAGGUGACAGCAAAUUCUUUCUACAAUACCGACUUCUAUGACUUUUCGGUCUAUAAAUCGACCACAUCAUCCUCAUUGGGAAGUUCUACGACUAUCACCACUCCAAAGCCAUCGCAGAACGGUGCGGUAAAUCGUUUCAAUCUGAGCUUCAAUGAAUAUCAAACACAAUUGAAUGUUCAACCCACCACCUAUAACCCCAAUCGUUUGAAGAGCACAACGGCCAAGUAUAGUGAACUCAAUAGGGGAGAGAAGGCUAGUAAUGCCAACAACAAUGAGGCUUUUAAUAAGAAACUGCAAAAAUUCGAUCAAUCCCAAAAGAAGAUACCGCCUCAGAAUAGCAGCUAUGUGAACUUGAAUGAGUUCAGUGAGUUUGCCAAAAUCAAGCCACAGGCUCCUCAACCUUUCCAGCCCAAGGCGCCGGCCAAGACAUUUGAAGCCCCCAAGAAAUCGGAAAUCGAACCCCAAUAUCAUCGUUCGCGAGGCCAAGGGGCCAGACAUCAUCAACAGCAACCAGAACCAUUUAGAACGGCGCCUACAAGAGCCCCUAACCCUAACAUCAAGUCAACCACUGAAACUAUUAAGGAAAAGCCAGCAGCAGCUUCUUUUGCUGAUACCAAGCCUCGCGGAUUUGUAAGCAGAGGCAGCAUCAACUAUAAGGCCUCCACACAACGCAAUAGUGAAACCUAUCCCACAGUUUCAGCCAAUAAUUACAAGAAAUUCUCCACACUGGUGCCCAAGGAUAAAUAUGACCCAACCACCUUUAAGCCCUCAACCUACAAGAAACCUUACGAAAACAAUGGCUAUCAGGCUCAACAGACCAUAAGGCCACAAAACAAGCCCCAAAAGGCGGUAACUGUUUCGCAGGCCACCACUCCAUAUACCACAGCCAAUCCCUAUUACAACAUCGAUGAGGAUGAUGGACAAUAUCAUCCGGAAUUGUAUGAGCAGGACUUUCCACGUCACAAACUGAACUUGCAAAGAUCCAGCACUGUGAGCACUACAACUUCAAGGAGUGGCACCAGCACCACAAAGCCCCAAUUACAGCAAACGUAUCAAAACCCAGCCACUCAUCUCAAGAGUCAACAGCAGACCUCAUUCUUGAAAGAACAAUCGGCCUUUAACAAUGAAUUCAGUGAUGAGGAUGAACUUUUCAAUACCGCUCAAUCCUUGAAUUUUGGGGCAGCCAGCAUCAACAAACUGCGGGCCGAUAUUAUAAAGGCCGAAAAAACUUCGCAACAAUACAAUUCCCAUUAUAAUCCUUUGAGUUCGCUGACUAGUCCCAAGCCCAGCACCAGCAGUUCCACACCAGCUUCGACUUCCACCACCUAUUUUACUUAUCCCUCCUAUUCAACCACAUCACAACAGACCACACCAAGGACUAGUUCUACAUAUGCAGCCGCCUAUAGCAGUUCUACCACGUUGAGCACCAGCACCACCACCACUACUACCACCACAAGAAGACCCACUUCUGUUAGUACCAGCACUACACCAUAUCCCUUCAAUAUCACCAAGAGUGGCAAACAUGCGGAUAAAAAGUCUCAAAAGAAGAAUGAAAGUAAAAAGAAAACCUCCAAAAGGCCACCCCAUGCGGAUGAGGAUACCAGUUACGAUUAUGCCUAUUACGAUACGGAUACCUUGAGUGAAUCACCUCAGGAAUAUCCAGAAUAUGAAAUUCAAGAAUUUGCUAAAACACGAAAAAAUUGAGUUAGGAGAGUAGCCAGAUUUUUAGCAGGGAAUACAAUGAGGAUGAGAAGUUAAAUAAUCCCAUAAGAAACACUUCAAAAAAAAACACCACACACACAUAGGCAUACACAUACACAUAUAUAAUACAUACAACUGAAGUAAAAAUCAUUUCACAAAUUCUAUCAUACUAA